GGUGCGCCGCUGAAUCAUUUCAGUGUGGGUCGCUGAAAAGUUCUAUUUAAAUCCGUUCUGAAAUCUCGCUCCGUAGUCUCACGAGCACUACGCAGCGCGCGCCUGCAACGAAACAAAACACUAAAGAUGUCGAUUGUCCCAAUGAUGUUCCGUGACUGGUGGGAUGACUGGGAGCGUCCCUCUAGACUGCUGGACCAGCACUUCGGUGUGGGGCUCAGGAAAGACGACCUACUGUCUUCAAUUUCCAGCUUCCCAUCCAGCUCUCUCCUCAGGAAUUCAUACUUCAGGCCCUGGAGGGCGAAUCUAGCAAGACAAGAGUCAGCCUCUACUAUUAAUCUGACCAAGGAAAAAUUUGAGGUCAUACUUGAUGUCCAACAAUUCGCUCCUGAAGAAAUAACAGUCAAAGCCACUAAUAACUCAGUCGUAGUAGAAGGCAAGCACGAAGAGAAGCCAGACGAGCACGGGUUCAUAUCCCGACAGUUUACUCGUAGAUACAUUCUCCCCUCGGGCUACGAGCUGGUCGACCUCACAAGCACUCUAUCCUCUGAUGGAGUUCUGACAAUAACAGCACCGAAGCGCCCUCCCCCGAACGCCGGAGAGAGGAUAAUUCCUAUCAUGAAAACCGGACCAGCGAAGCAACCUGAACCUCAAGCUCCCGUGACGGAACAGCCCCGCGAACAAACUGUCCCCAUUGUCACUUCCCCCUAAUUAAUGAGACGUCGAUACAGUUAGAUAAGGCAACGAUCGAAAUAUAAAAAGCAUUUAUUUUUAACCCGCUGUUGGCCAACAACGGGAACGAUUGAAAACGAAUUAGGUUUUUUAAAAAGAAUGCAAUACAACAUCAUUAAUUCAUUCA